AUGGAUUAUUCUAAUGUUCCAACAUCUUCAAUUAUUAUUGAGUAAAAAUUUGCAGAACUAGUUAAAUCUAUUUAAUAAACUUCAGAUAAAUUUGAUGAUGAAUAAAGUGAAAAAUUUUAUAGCCUCAUAAACGACAAUAUUUAAAUUAAAUAUGAACUUAUUCAAAAUUAACAAGCUUCAAAAUUAUUUAAUUUAUAAUUAUUAAAAAUAUCAUGUUUCUAAUUUGUCAAGACCUAUGAAUGUUAUUUUUGCAUAAUUUUUAAUCUUGUCAAAGACACAUUAAAAUAAAGAUUAAAAAAUGAAAUUAUGAAGGUUUUUUUAAAUUUAUUUAUUUUAGUACUCAUUUCAAACCUAAUUUUUCGAUUUCACUUAAGAAUAAGUAAAUAACACUAAUUUGAAGACAGAAUUGGAGGCUUUUGAUAAUUACUCAAACAAAAAUUAUAGAGAAUGCAGAAUUAUUAUAUUUUCAUAAGAUUUUGAUUAGAGAAUAUUAGAUAAAGUUGAUAGUUAUCCUUAUAUUUAUUAUUGUGGUGACCCUACUAACAUAAAUUAAAUAUAUUUAGAGAAUCUUCAAUCAAGUUAAGUUUUUUUAACUUUAGAUUUGCAAUACAAAAGGAUAUUAUAUCAACUUCCUACUGCGUAAAAAAUAUUAUUUAAUUAGUUUAUCCAUAUUAAAUCAAUAAAUUUAUACCAAUAUAUAGAUAACUGGAAAUAUUGAAGAGAUUCCUGACAUAAUUUAUUAAAUUAAGCAUCCAUCACUUAAAUUUGAAAAAUUGAAAGAAAAAAUAAUCUUAUCAUAUUAAAUUCCUUAUAUGAAUGUUGAUGAAUAUUUAUAUCUCCCAAUUUCAUUAUAGAUUCAAAAAAUUGAAAUUUCAGAUCUAAUUUAGAAAACUGAAAACUUAACAAAAUGUCUAUCAACAAAAGAUAUUAAUAAUGAAGCUUAUGAUUAUAUUUACAAACUUUAAUUGUUGAAAGUAAUAAUUUUUAAUAUUUAGUAAAUAAAUGAUUAAAUUAACUUUAGUUAACUAGAGUUUUCAAUAAUUUCAAAAGACUAGUUUUUUGCUGUAGAUCAAUUAAUGUUUAGAAAUUAAAUUAAAUAAAUAAAGGAAUUUUAAAAAGCAAGUGCAAUAAAAGAUGAUCAAUUAAAUUAAAUAGAAAAAGUUCUUGAAGAUUUAUGUAAUUUUAAUAAACCUUCAUUUUUCAAAUUGAUUACAUAUCAUCAAAUAAAGCAAUGUAUAUUUUAUAGAAUGAAAAUUAAUAAUUUUAUUUAUUAACUAUGA